AGCAAACAACUCUUGCCGAAUAAACGCAAGCCAAGCAAUAAGCAGCAAGCAUCAAGCAGCAAGCAGCAAGCAGCGCAUUGAACUCUCCAUCGAGCUAAUCGAAUCAUCACAUUGGCCACAUUAUCAGCAGCAGCAUGAGGAGAAUGAGGAAGAGUGACUUGCAGCUGGUAUUUUUGUGGUCGCUGCUGUUGCUCAGUGGCAUAUCACUUACGGCUGCCACAGCACCAGUUAUCAGCCACAUUAGCCAGGAUGUGGUGGCGAGUGUGGGCGACAGCGUCGAAUUCAACUGCACCGUGGAACAUGUGGGUCAAUUGACUGUCAGUUGGGCCAAAACGGAUCCCAACUCGGCCGUGGUGCUCAGCAUGCGCAACAUGCUCAGUCUGCCCGAUCAGCGCUACAAUGUCAGUGUGCACGAGAAUGCUGGCAAGGACAGUGCCGUUUAUAGCUUUCGCAUACGCCAGAUCGAGGCGAGCGAUAUGGGUCCGUAUGAGUGCCAGGUGAUUGUCUCCGCCACCGGCAAGGUGACCAAGAAGCUCAAUCUGCUCAUCAAGACGCCGCCGGUAAUCUCUGAGCUGACGCCAAAGAGCAUGCUGGUCACGGAGGGACAGAAUCUGGAGAUAUCGUGUCAUGCCAGCGGAUUUCCCGCACCCACCAUAUCCUGGGCACGCGAACAGAAUGCCAUAAUGCCAGCGGGUGGCCAUCUGCUGAACGAACCGACGCUGAGGAUCAGGGCGAUACAUCGUGUGGAUCGCGGCGGCUACUAUUGCAUUGCCCAGAACGGCGAGGGCCAGCCGGACCGGCGACUGAUCCGUGUCGAGGUCGAGUUCCGGCCCCAGAUCGCUGUGCAGCGACCCAAGGUGGCGCAGAUGCUGUCCCAUUUGGUGGAUCUCGAGUGCAGCGUUCAGGGCUAUCCGUCGCCAACUGUGGUGUGGUUCAGGAAUGGGGCGCAGCUGCAAUCGAGUCGACACUACGAGAUCUCCAACACGGCCUCAUCCUCGGAGACGACCACGUCGGUGUUGCGCAUCGCCAGCGUAUCGGAGGAGGACUUCGGCGACUACUACUGCAAUGCCACCAACAAGCUGGGACAUGCCGAUGCUCGGCUGUAUCUCUUCCAGACCGUCAUUCCGGUGCCCUCAUCCUCAUCGUAGGAGGUGUGCCCGCUGCUUUCCCACACACGCACACCCCCCCACACACACACACACACACAAAGAAGAAGAAGACUUGAAUUUAUAUAUUAAUUUUUUCGGCAAUUGUUUGGUAUUAUGUUCUCCAUAUGCUAUAUAUGCUAUAUGUUUUGUAUGUCUGGCCGCAGCUUCCACUCGGAUGCGGUCUGUAGUUCUCUUAUUAUUAAUGAUUCAUUCAAUUAACUCUGAUUCCGAUUCACUUUAAGCGUUUGAAUGUUUGUGCCUUGAGAACUCGCUUCCCAUCGUUGCGUUUUCAGUAUACAUAAAUAAACACACACAC